AUGCAGAAACUGCUGCACAGGUGGAAGCAGUACAAAUAUAGAUUUGUUCCAUGGCUGAUCCUAAAUUUGAAAAACAGAAGUCUUCGCUCAGUGACAGACAAGGAAACGGACUGUGUCAUAUCCGAUGAAGAUUUUCAAGCAUUUAUCACUAACUUUUUGGCCAAACUGCACCAGCUGUCUGAUGAAAAAUUACAAAUGGCAAGUCAGCAGGAUCAACACAAUGAGGGUCUGAGAUUGCUGAGAAAUCUGGCAGGUUUUACGGUGGAAAGAGCUCCCAGUGUUCUUACUUCUGGAGGCACAGGUGUCAAGGUCACGUCUGGGGUUAUUCCUAAAUUCUGCGUUACUUCACUUUAUCCAGGUUUAAUUUAUGAGCCGCAAGAUCCCAUUUUAUUUCAAAGUAUUGGAAACCCAUUCAUCUUCCGCUGUGCCGAUGGGAUACUCCUUGAUGGCAACGACCGAGCAUUGUCAAGGUUCUUAUUUAAGUCCUGUCGGGGACGUGACAGUUGUUGGCCACUUUCUGCCUGUGAUGAUAGCUGGUUGACACCAUACCCAAGGUGCCCACUAAAUGUUGGACAGUAUGUCAACAAUCAAAGCAAACAAUAUCCUGCCAAUGUGGCAUACCAAGAGUUUAACUUACCGAUUGACUUCCCUGCCCGCCUGAGACAGUACCUGCCCAACAACCAUUAUACACCAAGUUUUAUUGCUGAAGAAGGCUUGGCCAGACAGUUGAGAGUUGUUGCACUGGUCUCCCUGCGAGAAAUUCACUGUGGAGAGGAACUGUUCUCCUCAUACUUCACUGUUGUCAGAUAG